AUGGCGCAAGGCCUCCUGGCCUGCUGCAGAAUGGAGGAGUUGGACGUGGGAGGGAACGCCAUCGGAUGCGUGGGGGCGGCGGCCCUGAGCACGAGCAUGGAGGGCAUGGAGGGCCUUCGGGUGUUGAAGUUGGACGGAUGCGACGUGGGCGACGGAGGAUGCAGGAGGCUGGGCGAUAGUCUCUCCUCUCGCUCGGGUCUGGAGGAGCUACACUUGAACAACAACAUGAUAGGGGAGGACGCUGUCUCUCUGCUGCUCCGCCGCGUCCGGGGGCUCGAGAGCCUUCGUAGUGUCUUCCUGUACGGCAACAAGCUCGACCCCAUCCGAACUCGCCGGGUGGCGCAGGAAACCCUCGGGGUAUCUUGCUCAGUUGCGCUGUAG